GAUUUUGGAAUUAUAUUUUUGUAUAAGCGUGUGGACAAGAGGUAUUAAAACAAAGUUUAAGCAUUCUGAUGCGUUGCUUCGAAAGAAACGAAGACUGUCUUCUGGAAACGACAAAUUCGUUGUAAGAGAGACGAUUUGGACGUUUCCUGUACAGCUCAACUUUGAAGAACACUACCGUCAGCGUGAAGCCAAUAAUGCAACGUCAACUUUCAUGGGGAGAUACAUAACAUUUCAGGAUCUCCCAGAAAACUCAAAUGAGUAUCCAACCCGCCUCGCCGAUAACGGUUUUUUUUAAUAUUGGAGAUGGAAUAGUUGAAUGUUUCAGUUGUCACUGUAGGCACAACAUAACUGACAAUGAGCAGAGUCUAGAAAAUUUCCAUUCGCAAACAUGUAAACAUCGCAUUCAGUAUGGACAGAUGCUGCAAUUGCAUGAAAGUUCAAAUACCGAUAUCUGCUUUGAAAAUGUAAAUCAACACGAUGAUGAUGAUAGGACAGAUUAUGCACACGAAGAAAAUCGCUUCCUGUCCUUUCAGACUAGUCCCUUUGACAACAUAAACCAAAACAGAGACUUCGCACGUGCAGGAUUUUAUUAUAAAGGGUCUGGCGACAUAUUAAAAUGUUACUAUUGUGGUGGAGAAGUCCGCAACUGGGAACACAGGAUGGAUCCUUGGGCAGAACAUGCCCGUUGGUAUCCGCGUUGUCAUUUCUUGCGUGAACAAAAGGGCGAGGCCUUUAUCGAACAGUUCCGUAUAAACGUUCUUCAGCAGGUUUCCAUACGGAACACUGAAGUGGCUGAAGGUUAUCAAGAACACGCCGAACAAGGAGCUGCUGCUGUCCCUGACAUGAGCCCAGAGAUGUCUCCCAAUUCUGGAAGGGUACCAAUACAAUGCAUCGUGUGUCGCAGGAGGAAUCCCGAUAUAUUAUUUCUUCCUUGCAGGCAUUUAAAAUGUUGCGCCGAGUGUGCUCAUGAUCUCAGAAGGUGUAUGGUCUGUAGCAGAAGAAUCGUUGAAAAAAUUCCUGUUUAUCUCCAAUAAACUAGAUUUAUCAAUUAUGAACGACACCAAAAACCUUUAAUUGAAGAUACAAUAUCACUGUUGUACAGAGAACACAAUGAAAUUUCUGUUGGACUUUUAUCCUUAAUUAUAAAAAGGAAAACAUUUCCAUGCAGCAUAUUUUCUUCUUGCAGAUGGUAUGGUAAAAAUUAUUGUACACGUCAUGAUCAUUUCGCAACGUCCGAGGAAAGUCAUAUUUUGCUCCAUUGACGUUACAUUCUUCUUACGUCACCCAAGUGUCAUAUACGAAUUCUUAGCGCAUUUACACAGCUGAAUUUGUAUUUAUAAGUAACUACUGUUUAGUAAAAAAUUCUGAAUACACAAUACAUUUUUAUAGUAGAGAUUUUGCUCUAUAUCUUAUAGCUUCGUUUCCCUGUUCUUUUAUAAAUGAACGUCACGUCCCGGAUAAACUUCGGUGGACAAAUCGAACACCGUGAUAAAUGACGUAUGAUCAUGCAUAGACUUAUAGUUUUUUUCCUACAUGUUUUAUGCGAAAAAAAAAUGCACAUACCUAUUACAAACAUUUUACUAUCAUGAUCACACUGAUUUUUAGACAUGGCUGAGAGUUGGACGUAAUAUCAGACAGAAAUGUGAUAAAAGUAAUAAUUACGUCACAAGUUGGACUAUGAAGCUAUAUGCUAUAAAUACUCUUUUUACUGUUAAAUCUUUAUUUACCCUUUUCAGAGCAAGUCAAUUCGACCAACGCCUUUCAAACUUAAAACGACGGCAACGUAAAAGCGUUUACGUGUAAUACCAAAAUUAUGAAAUGGUUUUAUUUCACUUCCGCGACGUCAAACGUGUGAUAAGAUGUCCUUAUUUCUCUGUUUCACUCAUCACUGAAGAUUUGCAUAUAUAAUUGACUUGAUGGAGGUGCGAUUUGGUGUGUUUUGUAUAUAGUUUUGUGCAUAAAUAAAGCAACA